AUGGUAGCUAAGUUGGUUAUUGUGCUAGCUGCCUUCGUGGCCGUAGCGCAUUGUGCAGUGGUACCACUAUUGCGUACAGACGCCACGAGCUUCGCUUACGGCGUCGCUGACCCGUACACGGGUAACUUCCAGAAUCAAGUGGAGACGCGCGUCGGCGGCCUAGUGAAGGGUCAGUACUCACUACUCGACGCCGACGGCACCAAGCGCACCGUAGAUUAUGCUGCUGACGAUAUCAAUGGAUUCAACGCUGUCGUUCACAAGGAUCCUGCUGUCGUAGCUGCUCGCACUUACGCUGCCCCCACGGUCUACACUGCUCCCUCUAUCUACACUGCACCUUCCAUCUAUGGCGCACGCGCUUACCUUCCCUCUCUAUAUUACUAACGAGACAUAUUUAAAGCCCUCCCACGAAUGUUCCUUGUAGAUAUGUAAUUAGAAAUAAAGUGAAACUACCUUAAAUUGAAGUUUUGUUUUAUGUUACACAUCACUAGUCACACACAUUCAGUUAUUUUAUUUAUUUAAUUAUCUUUUAAAAUCAAAAAGAAAUUGUCAAUUUCUAUUACAUUGUAAAUUUAGCGCGGCUAUGUUCAUUUGUAAUUCGAUAGAAGUAGUUAAGAUAAUUAGUUUCAAUCAAAUGUUAAUAAUCACGUUAGAAAAAAAAAUAUAUUAAUGAACAACGUAAAGUUAAUUAAUCAUCAUAUCCAGAAUUUCAGGUAACCCAAUGAAAAAAAAUAUAAUCCAAUUUUGUAAACAAUGUUUCAAGUUACGCGACACAGUUAAUUAAUUAUCGUUUAAUUAUUUAUUAUUUUAUAUCUCACGAAUAUCUUGAACGCUUUAGUGCAUGCACUUCAAAUGCAUUAUGUGACAUGACACGUGGAGAUAAAUUCUUUCACUUAUCUGAUAUCUGGAAAGAUAAUGUCAAAUUUGAUGAUCAACAUUCUGGUAUUACUUUAUAAUUUUAACAUUUUAUCCCAUGGGCAAUAAUACAUUUUUGAUUAACUCAAUUACUUUUUUUGGAAUUUGGAUUAGGUUAUUUUUAUAGCGUGGUGUAUUGUGACACGGAACAUGUCCUUUUUUACAAUAAUAAUUAUUGUCAACUGUGUAGUAACUGUUCUUUUUUGGUAACCGUUUUAGGGUUUCGUAGCUCGAAAGAAAAAAAGUUAUCAUUUCAUCAUUUAUUGUUCUUCCGUCAGUCAAGGCCCCUUUUUUCUGGAACGCGUAGAGGUAUCAAGCUGAAAUUUAUAUCAAAUACUCAGGUCUGCUUUUCCUUGGAGAUGUAAAAACUCAAAAUUUUAAAUCAAUGCAAUUAAAAGGUACAGCCGUUUAUCUCGCUCGUAAGGGAAUCAAAACCUACAGGGCUCGUGAACUCUAAAUCUUGAUUUUUGGUACAAAGCAACGUAUACUGCGAAUACUUACCUUAAAUUUUUUGUUACAUUAUAUACCUAAAAAUAUUUUUAAUGAAUUCCUACUUUUAAAUCUGAUUCAGCUUGUGUAUUUUAUUAACUAUCUAAUCUACUAAUUAUGUAUCUACGAAUAUCAUAUACAUAUGUUUAUUUUAUUUAUGCUUACGAUUUUGCUUAAAUAUACUCGAGAAUUAAUUUAAAAUAAAUAAGGUCAAAAACUGAAACCCGACUACAGCUAAAUCACGCUCUAAACAAUUUGAAAAAAUAAAUUUGUUUUAAAGAGACAGCUGCAUUACAGAUCGUAAUAAAACAAACCGUUGUGGCAUACGACUACACUGUAUUAUGGG